AUGGCGCCCCGUGUGGUUGCUAGGUGAUUUGUGACGCAACUGUAACCCAUCUAUAGGGAAGCCGGUUUUCCUCAUUCUAGUCCUGUGAGAUAACCUGAACCUUGACUCUUAACCACAGCUAGCCGUCUCUCAUCUUGAACCAAACAUUGCUUCUGAGGCUUUGAAGCUCUAACUGGUCUCUCACACACACACACACACACGCAUGCACACACACACACACGCACGCACGCACGCACACACACACACACACACACACACACGCACGCACGCACGCACGCACGCACACACGCACGCACACACACACACACACGCACACACACGCACACACACACACACGCACACACACACACACACACACGCACGCACACGCACGCACACACCGUCCUGUUUGUCCUGUUUGGGACCAGGCAACUGUCUCAGGCUGUAUUCUUCUUCCUGUUUGGGACCAGGCAACUGUCUCAGGCUGUAUUCUUCUUCCUGUUUGUGACCAGGCCUCUGGAAUAGCAGUCCAUGACGACGUCGUGCUCACGUUUGACAAGAUCAGAGUUCGCCUCCAGGGAGCCGAUAAGCAGGAGCAGCUGAAGCUGGUGCUCUUCAAGAUCAGCGACGAUGGGAAAUGUAUCAUUGUGGACGAGGAGAAAUGCCUGAAGGUAAUAAUAAUUAUAUGUAAUAAUAAUAAUAAUAAUAUGCCAUUUAGCAGACGCUUUUAUCCAAAGCGACUUACAGUCAUGCGUGCAUACAUUUUUGUGACAUUUGACAUUUAGCGUUCACUUUUAUCCAAAGCAUAACUUUUUUUUUUUUUUUUUAUGUAUGGGUGGUCCCGGGAAUCGAACCCACUAUCCAGGCGUUGCAAGCACCAUGCUCUGCCAACUGAGAUCCAAAGGACCAUAUAUUUUGGCAUUUUAAGCUUGUCUCAAUUAAUCGUUCCUCGAUUCCUUGCAUCCUCUCUCCUCGCUUAUUUCCCAAAAUGCAUUGGAGGAGAAGGUCCAAGGGGAGGGACCUUCUCCUCAUUUUACUACUGAGAUGGAAUCAAGGAUAUAGGAUGCGAGGAAUCACAGAAAGAAUUUAGGGGCUGUGUCCUAAAUCUCACAGGGCUCUGGUCAAAAGUAGGGCACUAUAUAGGGAAUAGAGUGUUUUGUACUCAAUUGAAGAGUUCAGGCGACUAGAAUGUUAGAGACUUUAAGCAUCAUCCAUUCAUGACGCGCUACCUUGUUCUAAUUCUAGACAUUCAGGUACAGUGCCUUGCUAAAGUAUUCAUCCCCCUUGGCGUUUUUCCUAUUUUGUUGCAUUACAACCUGUAAUUUAACUGGAUUUUUAUUUGGAUUUCAUGUAAUGGACAUACACAAAAUAGUCCAAAUUGCUGAAGUGAAAUGAAAAAAAUAACUUGUUUCAAAAUAUUCUAAAAAAUAAAUAACAGAAAAGUGGUGCGUGCAUGUGUAUUCACCCCCUUUUGAUAUGAAGCCCCUAAAUAAGAUCUGGUGCAACCAAUUACCUUCAGAAGAUUGCAGUAUCUGUCCAUAGGACCACUUUAAGCCGUACACUCCACAGAGCUGGGCUUUACGGAAGAGUGGCCAGAAAACAGCCAUUGCUUAAAGAAAAAAAUUAGCAAACAUGUUUGGUGUUUGCCAAAAGGCAUGUGGGAGACUCCCCAAACAUAUGGAAGAAGGUACUCUGGUCAGAUGAGACUAAAAUUGAGCUUUUUGGCCAUCAAGGAAAACGCAAUGUCUGGCACAAACCCAACACCUCUCAUCACCCCGAGAACAACAUCCCCACAGUGAAGCAUGGUGGUGGCAGCAUCAUGCUGUGGUGAUGUUUUUCAUCGGCAGGGACUGGGAAACUGGUCAGAAUUGAAGGAAUGAUGGAUUGCGCUAAAUACAGGGAAAUUCUUGAGGGAAACCUACUUCAGUCUUCCAGAGAUUUGAGACUGGGACGGAGGUUCACCUUCCAGCAGGACAAUGACCCUAAGCAUACUGCUAAAGCAACACUCGAGUGGUUUAAGGGGAAACAUUUAAAUGUCUUGGAAUGGCCUAGUCAAAGCCCAGACCUCAAUCCAAUUGAGAAUCUGUGGUAUGACUUAAAGAUUGCUGUACACCAGCGGAACCCAUCCAACUUGAAGGAUAGAUGUGCCAAGCUUAUAGAGACAUACCCCAAGAGACUUGCAGCUGUAAUUGCUGCAAAAGGUGGCUCUACAAAGUAUUGACUUUGGGUGGGUGAAUAGUUAUACACGCUCAAGUUUUCAGUUUUUUUGUCUUAUUUCUUGUUUGUUUCACAAGAAAAAAUACUUUGCAUCUUCAAAAUGGUAGGCAUGUUGAGUAAAUCAAAUGAUACAACCCCCCCCAAAAAUCAAUUUUAAUUCCAGGUUGUAAGGCAACAAAAUAGGAAAAAUGCCAAGGGGGGUGAAUACUUUUGCAAGCCACUGUAGCAUUGUUUAAAAUUCUGAAAAUUCUAUAAUAUAAUGUAACGUGGCUGUCAUAGAAUUACGUAGUGUCAUGUUAAUGCUUUAAAAUGCAGAAACCGCAAUGUCCAAACUUUCCUACUAUUUUAAUUAGGGUUAUGGUUAGUAACGUGAGCAUCUAGAAAAAAUGCUAUAUAACUGCAAUCAAUUAAUCAAUUACCAAUCAAUUAAGGUCAAGGACCUGAACGGGGAGGAGGACGUAUUCAGGAAGAUCGUCAACAUGAUGCCCACGGAUGACUGCCGCUAUGCCCUGUACGACUGUUCCUGGGAAAGCAAGGACAGCCCCAAGGAGGACCUGGUCUUCAUCAUGUGGUAGGUUGGACCAUAUAGUUAGAAUAACUACCGCUGUACGACUGCCCCUGGGAGAUGAAGGAAGGCGAUAGGUGGACAGUAGAUCAUGUGGUAGGUUGAACCGUAGAAUUAGAAUGACAUGUACUGUACCACCAUGAAUAACACUACCAUGUCAGCCGUAUUGAGUGGAGGGAGUGAGAGAGAGAGGAUUUGGACAUUGACUCAAGGCAGAAUGUUUGGAGCGCUUUCUAAACGUUGUAUUUUUUUCUGUUUGAAUUGCAGGGCUCCGGAACACUCAACUAUCAAAAAGAAAAUGAAAUACGCCAGCUCAAAACAAUACAUUAAAGCAAAGUUCCAAGGUAAGAGUUUGGGUAUUCUCAGUUCUGCUUCAAGACUUUCAUCCAAUCACCUUCCCAGCAUCAGGGGGGGAUAUGUCCAUUAGGUACCAAACGGAAUAAAAUGGACUGAAACAGGGAGAGACUGCCUGGACUUGUCCAAUAAGAUCGCUGCAUAUUGCAUGCUAGAAUCCGCAGUUGCUACAUCCAUUUUUGGAUUUAUUGAUGAAUCAUUAUACCCAUUGAUUCUUGAAAAAUAUAACUUAUAAAUGCCUCAUGAGCUCACUUCAACUGUUGUUCCCAGUGGCGUGUCCAGAACAUUUUGAAUGGGGUGGCCAAGGUGGGGCACAGACCCAGUUUAGGGGGGCCAUAACAUUAUUAACCUUAACUGAGUUUUUUCUAUAUUAUUAUGAUGGUUCAACGCAUGAAAUACUUCAGCUUAGGUUUGGUAUACAGUACCAGUCAAAAGUUUGGACACAUCUACUCAUUCCAGGGUUUUUCUUUAUUUUUACUAUAUUCUACAUUGUAGAAUAAUAGUGAAGACAUCAAAACUAUGAAAUAACAAAUAUGGAAUCAUGUAGAAUCUCAAAUUAUUUUAUAUUUGAGAUUCUUCAAAGUAGCCAACCUUUGCCUUGAUGACAGCUUUACACACUCUUGGCAUUCGCUCAAACCAGCUUCAUGAGGAAUGCUUUUCCAACAGUCUUGAAGGAGUUCCCACAUAUGCUGAGCACUUGUUGGCUACUUUUUCUUCACUGCGGUCCAACUCAUCCCCAAACCAUCUCAAUUGGGUUGAGGUCGGGGGAUUGUGGAGGCCAGGUCAUCUGAUGCAGCACUCCAUCACUCUCCUUGGUCAAAUAGCCCUUUCACAGCCUGGAGGUGUGUUUUGGGUCAUUGUCCUGUUGAAAAACAAAUGAUAGUCCCACUAAGCGCAAACCAGAUGGGAUGGCGUAUCGCUGCAGAAUGCUGUGGUAGCCAUGCUGGUUAAGUGUGCCUUGAAUUUUAAAUAAAUCACUGACAAGGUCACCAGCAAAGCACCAUAACACCUCCUCCUCCAUGCUUUACGGUGGGAACUACACAUGCGGAGAUCAUCCAUUCACCUACUCUGCGUCUCACAAAGACACUGCGGUUGGAACCAAAAAUCUCAAAUUUUGACUCAUCAGACCAAAGGACAGAUUUCCACCGAUCUAAUGUCCAUUGCUCGUGUUUCUUGGCCCAAGCAAGUCUCUUCUUCUUAUUGGUGUCCUUUAGUAGUGGUUUAUUUGCAGCAAUUCGACCAUGAAGGCCUGAUUCACACAGUCCCCUCUAUACAGUUGAUGUUAAAAUGUGUCUGUGACUUGAACUCUGUGAAGCAUUUAUUUGGGCUGCAAUUUUUGAGGCUGGUAACUCUAAUGAACGUAUCCUCUGCAGCAGAGGUAACUCUGGGUCUUCCUUUCCUGUGGCAGUCCUCAUGAAAGCCAGUUUCAUCAGUGCGCUUGAUGGUUUUUGCGACUGCACUUGAAGAAACUUAAAAUGUUAUUGAAAUGUUCCGGAUUGACUGACCUUCAUGUCUUAAGGUAAUGAUGGACUGUCUUUUCUCGGCUUAUUUGAGCUGUUCUUGCCAUAAUAUGGACUUGGUCUUUUACCAAAUAGGGAUAUCUUCUGUAUACCCUCCUACCUUGUCACAACACAACUGAUUGGCUCAAAUAAAAUAAGAAGGAAAGAAAUUCCACAAAUUAACUUUUAACAAGGCACACCUGUUCAUUGAAAUGCAUUCCAGGUGACUACCUCUUGAAGCGGGUUGAGAGAAUGCCAAGAGUGUGCAACGCUGUCAUCAAGGCAAAGGGUGGCUACUUUGAAGAAUCGCAAAUAUAAAAUAUAUUUAGAUUUGUUUAACACUUUUUUGGUUACUACAUGAUUCCAUAUGUGUUAUUUCAUAGUUUUGAUGUCUUCACUAUUAUUCUACAAUGUAGAAAAUAGUAAAAAAUAAAGAAAAAACCCUUGAAUGAGUAGGUGUGUCCAAACCUUUGACUGGUACUGUAUAUCCCUGUUCAAAUAAAUCAUAAAUCAAUUCCAAAAGUCUUGUUGCAGUGUUUGCAUUCAGUAUAUUCACUUGAAAGUGCCAUCCAGAGUUGAAUUAUUCUGUGACAUUCGUGGUUGUCUAUGUUUUUAAGGGGACCUCCUAUGUGAAAAUACAUUAUAGUAAAGACAUGUAAACGUGUGACCUUUUUUAAUGUGUCAUGAACACAACCAGUCGUGAUGUUUUCAUCUGAUUGUCAAACAAAUCACUUCAGAAAGUCGGUUAAGUAGGUUAAAAGCACACGUUCGUCUACUCCAAAAUAAGUCCAGCAUCCGAACAGUGCACUGUGCACCCCCCAUUUGAAUGGAAAGGGAUAUUUAUUACAAACACCAUAUGUGUAAUUGCAUUCAUCCUACAAAGUAGCAUGUAUUCAUGGAUGCCAAGGGAAGCCAGGCUUCACCCCCCCCCCCAAAAAAAAAAAAUAUCUAAUUUGUGUCUAUCCGUGUUUCAUAAUUUUCCUUCAAUUCACAAUCUAUUUCACCAAAGAAAGCAUCCGAGGCAAACAGUGCCCCUCUGUCUUAAUAUCUGUAGCCCAUGUUUCUGAUGAUGUCUGGCCAAAAAGAAUAAUGACAUGUAAUACUAUUUUUGGCCAGACAGCAUCAGAUACAUGGGCUACGCAUGCCAAGACAGAGGGGCGCUCUUUCGCUCGCUCAGGUGCUUUCUCCGGUGAGAUUGAUAAGUCUUUCCUUCGGUACGCGUCUUGGUCAAAAUGAUCAAUAUAUUUAGAGACAACCUAUCAGAUCUGGAGCGGCCACCCCCUGGACACGCCAUUGGCCGUACCCCAUCAGAACCCAAAAUAUAAUAUUAUUUUUUUUACUCCAAUGUUUCGUCGACAAGAAAUGUAAACAAACACUGUAUAGCCUCAAAACAUGAAUAAAACUAUCAUUUUGAUAUCAUGGGAUGGUCAGAAUUUGAGUGGUUACACUUCCCCAGGCACCAUCCGUCAGCUUUUUACCAAAACGGAGACUGGGUGCCCACUUUGUUAUUGUUACAAGUGCGGAUUCUAGCGGACAGUAGCCUGGUGAAUGACACAGUAAUGACAGACUAGUGGGCUGAGGAUGGUUUGUAGCAGUCUAAGCCAGGUCCUCCAGACACUGCUGCGGUUCGAAACCGGCCCAGUGAUAUUACUCUCCUCUAUUUUCCAUCCCCAAUAAAAAAAAAAAACUAAAAUAUGUGAGGAGUGGGACUCCUUUUAAAAAAAAAAGGAGAAAUAACUGACUGUCUGUGUUCUCGUGUGUUUCACAGGUCUGAAGUUUGAGUGGCAGGUGAACGACAUGUCAGACGCCAAAGACAGCUCUGCCUUCAUUGAUAAACUGGGAGGGAGAGGAGUU